UCACGUGCUGACGCAACAAAAAUGGCGGCGCUGACAUGAGGCUGGGGAUGUUUGUUAUUACUUAUGGGGAAUGUGUGAGGAGCGAUAGUUAGGCUGUAGAAAAGUCGUAUCUAGAUCCUGGAAGCCGGAGAAAAUAAAGUUCAUACGCAGUCCACAAAGACAGCAUGGCAGAUGCAGGUAAUCGGGACACCAGCCAGCCCCCCAGGAUGCCAGUCGCCGCUGGCAGGGGGUCGCUGGUGGGCCGCAGGCUCCCGGUCACACUGUCCCCUGGGCGCCUCCCCUCCAUGCGCUCCCGGGACCUCACCCUCGGAGGGGUGAAGAAGAAAACAUUCACCCCAAACAUCAUUGGCCGAAAAAUUAAGGAAGAGCCGAAAGAGGAGGGGGGGCCAAAGAGGGGCCGGAGGGAGACGGACCGUGGCCGUCAGCGGGAUGGGCGUGGCCGAGGCAGGGGCCGCCCAGAGGUCAUUCAGUCCCAUUCCAUUUUUGAGCAGGGACCCGCAGAGAUGGACUUAAAGAAGAGGGGUACGUGGGACGGGGAGAGGGACACUCCCUCCAUGGGUCCCUCCAACAUUAUUAACAUCAAGAAGGAGAAGCGGGAGACUGAGGAAGAGACCAAGGAGAUACUGCGCAUGCUGGACAAGGACAACUUCCUGGAUGACCCUCGCCUGCAUAAUGACUUGAGGAGCUGUCCUGUUCAGCUGCCCCUGGCUGUGUCGGGUUGGACCUUCAGGGAGGACUCUGGUGAGGAUGCUCAGGAGGCGGCUGUCAAACUCGAGGACCUGAAGAAGGAGCAGGAGGCCGAUGACAUGGAUGUGGAUGAUGCUGUGCCUAAAGUAAAAGUGAAAGAGGAACCAGCCGAGAUGCAGGAUGUGAAGAAGCCUGAGGCCACCUUCAGGCCCCCGCGGCUUCCUGAGCCCCAUCCGCUCCCCGUGCUGCUGGAAGCAUGGAGCCAGUGCAAGGAGGACGAGCUGAUCUUUGUGCAGCUUCCUGAUUCGCUGCCUGGGCAGCCACCCACUCAGGAGGUCAAGCCAGCCAAGAUAGAGGUGCAGUCAGAGGAUGGACAGCCGAUGCUCCAGAAGGUUGAGAACAGUGAGGAGGAGCAGCAGGAAGACAACAGCUGCAGUCUGAAGGAUCUGCACGAGGGUCUGGUGGGCCGGCUGCUGGUGCGAAAGUCCGGCCGAGUGCAGCUCAUUCUCGGGCACAUCACUCUGGACCUCGCCCUGGGAACUCCUUGCUCGUUCCUCCAGGAGCUGGUGGCAGUCACGACAGGGGAGGGCAGGACCGGCGAUAUGACUGUGUUGGGCCACAUCAAGCACAAGCUGGUCUGCUCACCAGACUUUGAAGACUUGCUGGUGAACAGGGCGUGAGGAGGACAUCGCGUUUUAUGUGGUUCCGAAGGGGAACCUGCUUGCGGUGGUUCCCUGUCCCUGUGACCGUCCACAUCUACUGUGGGAUUUGGCAUGGGAUUAUUGGGCCCUUUAUUCCUAGAGAAUGGGGGGGGGGGUCUUUAUCGGUUUGAACUUGUUUUACGAGUUAAUCAGUCGCCUACUGAACAAUGUAAUGAAUUAUGCAACCAAAGUCAAAAGAACUGAGAGAAUGUCUUUAUUUCUUAAAGCAGCAGAAUAAUGAUGGACUAUAAUUUAAUAUUCUCUUACCAUAAAAGCAGGUAGUACGAUUAUUUUGAAAUAAGAAUGCUUUCUCAAGUCAUUAAGGAGAGAUUUGUGCCAAAAUGCCAUUCUUUGUUGCCUGAUAAAGUGGUCUUAGUCCUUUGUGUCCCAUAAUGCCCUGGGAUUGUUGAGGCAUGGAGUACUUCUUAUGUUAUAAGAUUACCCACACUACACUGGGGUUGCAUAUGCUGAGCUCUCCUGCCCCCAGCACUACUUGAUGAUCUGCUUUGAAGAAUGGGACAGUUGCUCGGAUGUAAUCCGUAAGUGACCAGGUUUAAGUGUUGACUGGAACUAGAAUAUUUUUUAGUUUGAAUGAAUUUUGUUGUUAAUAAAAAAAAAAUCUGAGAAAA